UCGAUUGGAGAUAUGUGGGCAAGUUGGCCUUUUGUUACUAAACAUUUGGGUGCCUUUUCGUUUGCCUUGACUUGUGCAGUCUCUUUCAAAAUGAUAAAUCCAUUCAAUUUAGUAUUAUUAUUUGAUAGAGUGUUUAGUACAGAUUUUGAAGUAUGGCGUCUGAUAACUAAUGCUGUAUUCUUUGGUGGAUUCGGAAUGAAUUUUCUUUUUGCAUUCAUGUUGUUUAUUCAAUACAGUUCGGAAUUGGAAAAGAGUAGAUUUGAUGGACGUGUUGCUGAUUUUAUAUUCUGCAUCUUGUUUGGUUUGGUGCCAAUGACUGUUUUGGCUUUCUUUUCUGGAUCCUAUGUCCUGUCCAGUUCAUUAAUGAUGUAUAUGGUUUAUAUAUGGUGUAAUUAUAAUCCUGAUAGUAAUUUGAGAUUAAUGUUUAUUCCUACUCAAAUUCCGAGCAGGUGGUUCCCAUUUGCUUUGACUGCAUUCCAUGUUGUUCUUGGUGGUGGAAUUGAAACUGUCAUUGAGGAUGGUAUUGGUAUUUUGUGUGGACAUUUGUAUUAUUUCUUGGAGGAAAAGUAUCCAGAAGCUAGAGAAACAAAGAUUCUCAAUACUCCUUCAUUGCUCUAUUGGUUAUUCCCU